AUGUCUGGUCUUAAGUUAUCUCAAUUAUUCGUUUAUCCUAUUGCCGGUGUACAAGUUGUCCCGGUAAAAAAAAAUGCAUCUGUUCCCUAUAUUCCUCCAGAAAUUAUUCGCAUUAUUCUGGAUUUAUUGAGGGGUGAUAAAAAAACUCUCGCUGCUUGUGCUUUGGUUAAUCAUACUUUUAACCUUUAUGCUACUCCAAUCUUAUAUCAUACUGUUGCAUUUACUUUUCCUCACACAUUUACACUUUUCGUUAAUGCCACGAAUGACAUUAAAAGGCGUUGUUCUAAAAUGGUUCGACACUUAGAUCUCUCUAGUUUCUCUACCUGUGGCUUACAAAAAAGUUCUAUCGAAACCCAAAAUAUCGUCACUCCUGAACUUUUAAUUCAUAUUCUGAGAUCUUUUCCUGAAUUGAAAGCUUUUUCU